AUGGUUGCCCAGUCACUGAGCUCGCUGCUCGAGCGGGCCACGAUUGAAGACCAUGAAGAGGUUCUCAAGUCCUGCAAUGAAGCCCUCAAAAAGUCCAAGAACGACCAAACAGCUCAACACAUCAAGGCGAUCGCUUUGCUCAAGCUCGACCGAUUCGACGACGCUUUACGGGUUUUCGAGGGUGCAGGUGAUGCGCUGAAGACAACAGCCAGUGUCGAAUAUGCGUAUACAUUGUACAAAUGUGGGAAGCUCGAAAAGGCCCUAGACAUCGUCACCAGCUCUGGCGCGGGGAGGGGCGCUCAACAUCUGGAAGCUCAAGUGAGCUAUCGUGCCGAAAAAUUCCAACGGGCUGCAGAUCUGUACGAACAAUUGUACCAAGACCAAGCUUCCUACCACGAGGCGAACGACCUCGGGAUCAAUUCGUGGGCGACGGAUGCGCAGCUCCAAUGGAAAGGGGAGCCAGAAUACGUUCGCCACGAGCGCCCAUCGAGGGAGGACCUCGAGUCUUUUGAAACGGCGUACAAUGCCGCCUGUCUGAGCAUUGCCAAGGGAGAGUUUGCUCAAGGGGAGGUUCUUCUGAAGCGCGCAAAGAAUAUCUGUGAGACAUCAGAAGAACUUUCACCGGAAGACCGGGCAGCGGAGCUGCUUCCCAUUGCUGUUCAGUAUCUCUAUGUUCUGCUGCGGUUGGGCAAGACGGAACAAGCAGAGGCCCUGCUCGAGGAAAUUUCGGUAGAGGAUAUCCCCGAAUUAUCCACGAAGAAGAUUGCGCGGAACAACAUUGUUCUCGCUCGCCAGACCAAUGUCAAUCCCUACAUCCUCUACAAAGCUCUCCAUGAAAUACCCGAAUCCAUCAACAAUGACCGACUUUUCGACUUCCAAAGCAACAUCCUAGUGGGUAACUCUCACGCCACCGAUCUUCUUGUCCAAAAAUUCGACGGCAUCAUUCGAUCAACAAACAAGGCUCUCUCCAAGAGCCCCUGUCCCUCGACAGCAGCCAAUGUCAACCUUUUAUCCGUUUACAACGCUGCUGCACAAGCAGAGGGCCAGACAGGCUACAAGGCCCUGAGGAAGAUUCUUCCUCUACUCGAGCGUCGGCCCAAGGAUCUUGGACUCUUGCUCACAGUCGUACAGCUCUACGUUAGCGAGGGCAACACCACCUCUGCGAUCACAACAAUGGAGCGAUCUUUGCAGGCUCUGGAGGAGUCUGUUUCCGAGGCCGAUCACGAGGCUCGCUUCAACCCUGGUUUGCUAAGCGCACUGGUCUCUCUUUACCAGCUCGAGGGUCGUAAGCUCCAGAUCCGAACCGCUCUUGCGCAAGCUGCCAAAUACUGGCGCAACAAGUCGAAUACACCCGCUUCCCUUCUUCGAGCGGCAGCCACCUCGCUUCUUCAUUCCGACGAUAAAGCUGAUCUCACUACGGCGGGCGAGCUAUUCAAGGGCUUGUAUCAGCAGGAUCCACACGAUAGACUUGCCAUUGCCGGCUACAUUGCAUCUCAUGCCACUCUCAACUACUCACAAGUGGAGUCGCAGCUUGAGCAGCUCCCCGAGGUCAAUGAGUUGAUUGCGGAUGUGGACGUGUCCGCCUUGGAAUCUGCGGGUAUCAUGCCCUCGGCAUCCGCGGCUGCUGCUGCUGCUGCAGCCUUCGCCGGUGCUCGCAAGCGCACUGCUGCUGAUAAGGAAAGUCGCAGUCGAGCCAAGCGUGUGCGCAAGUCCCGUCUUCCGAAGGACUACGAUCCGGAGAAGAAGGCCGAUCCGGAGCGCUGGCUGCCCCUGCGAGACCGAUCAUCGUACCGGCCGAAGGGCAAGAAGAAUAAGCAGCGUGCUUCUGAUCGGACGCAAGGCGGCCCAGUUAGCGAAAAGACCGAGGAGGCUACUGCCAACGUGGCCCAGAAGGCCAGCGGAGGUGGAAGUUCAAACGCUAAGAAGAACAAGAAGAAGGGGAAGCGGUGA